AUGGCUGGAGGCCAGGAGAGGACAGCCUGUCUGCCACUGGGCUUCCACACAGUGAGCAGUAUGUUCAGGUACCACUUUAGGGAUAGCAAGGGGAACAGAAGACAGAAUGAGUUCUGGAAGAUGAGAGGAAGCCGGCGGCGGAGCGGAGCGGAGCGGAGCGGCGGCCGGGGCAGGCAGGGGCGCGGCGGGCGAGGGGCAGCGGCGGGGCCCGCGCUGGGGGCGGCCGGGGCGGCGGAGGAGGGGGCCGGCGGGGGCGGGCGCUCCCCGCCCGCGGGGCCGGGCGGCGGCGGCGGCUCCCCCCGCGGCCCGAGCCCCCGCCGCGCCCUGCCCGUGUCCCCCCUCCGCGUGCGGGGCUUCUGGCCGCUGCUGACGGCGCUCUGCACCGCGCUCCUCUGCCUCUACCAGGCGCUGCGCGGCAGCGCGGCCGGCGAGGGCGCGGGGGGCCCGGAGGACGCGGCGGCGGAGGCGGCGGCGGAGGCGGCGGGGUCCGGGCUGCCGCUGCUGAAGGGCUCGGCGCUGCUGCUGCUCGGCUGCCUGCUGGCCCGCUGCUACGGCGCGGCGGGCGGCGGCCCCGGGCGCGGCGGGGCGCGGGGCGCGGCGGGGGCGCGGCGCGGAGCCCUGGAGCGGUUCCACGCGCGGCAGCUGCGGGUGUCGCCGCACGUGCUAGGGCACAGCAAGGCGCACGUGGGCCGGGUGGUGGCCGAGCUGGUGCGCGCCGCCAAGGCGCAGGGGCUGCAGCCCGGCCCGCUGGCGCUCAGCCUGCGCGGGGACUUCGUGCGCAUCGGCAGCGCCUACGAGCAGCACAAGGUGCGCAGCCCCGACUGCUUCGACAUCCUGGUGCCCCUGCGGCUGCCGCCGCACCUGGAGCCGCAGCCGCGCUGCGCUGACGGCCUGGGGCCGUGCGGCGCCUUCGUCUGCGGCCUGCGGGCGAGGGACGGCUGGACACGACGCUGCCGGCCCUUCGUCGAGGGCUUCUGCGUGGAGCUGCAGGGCCGCAGCCACCUCUCCUCGGGGCUGGUGCUGCGCUGGUUCCAGGGCCAUCUGCAGCGGUGCCUGGGCGCCGUGCGCUAUCGGCUGCAGGAGCGGUGCCGCGUCAGUCUCUCGGCGUGCCCCGGGCAGCCCCCCACGCUGCACAUCCUGCCCUGCUCUGACUACGUGUGCUGCCACAUCUCCAUGGCCGUGCGCCUCAUCCCGGCCAUCCCUCUCGGCGACGCCCUCUACCUCACGGCCCUGCCGCCCGGGGGCCCCCACGGCUCCCCGGCCCCCGAGGCGCUCUGGGGCCUCAACGCCUCGCGGCAGGAGCAGCGGCUGCUGGGCUGGCUGAAGGAGCAGGCCCCGGCCGCCUCCUGCCACCUCAAGUGCCUGCAGAUCCUCAAGGGCCUGCGGGACCUCCGCGGGCACGGCCUGGAGGAGCCCUUCUGCUCCCAGUGGGGCCGGGUGCUCUCCUCGUACGUACUGAAGACGGCCCUCUUCUCCCUGCUGCUGCAGGGGCCCUUGGAGGCCUGGGAUGAGCAGUUCCUGGUGGAGCGGCUGGAGGACCUGGUGCUGUACCUCAGGGACUGCCUGCGCAAGCAGGUGCUGAUGGAUUUCUUCCUGGGCAACACCAGCCUCCCCGAGGCCGUGGCGCUGCCCCGGUUCCUCAAGGAAGCCGCCCCUGUGAACUUGCUGUCUGCUUUUGACGGGCCCACGCUGGACCUUGUGGCCUUCCAGCUGAUCAGCACGUGGGUGCAGGCCCCGCACAUCAUCAGGAUGUACAGCAGCCCCCGGUACUGGCGCCCGGUGCCCGCCCCGUGCCGCCACAGCGCUGAGGCCAAGCGGGAGCUGCCAGCGGGAGAGUGAGCUGGGAGAGCUGCUGGCACCUGGGACUCCAUCACACACUCCAGACUUGCUGGUGCUGGGAGAGCUGCUGGCACCUGGGACUCCAUCACACACUCCAGACUCCCCAGUGCUGGGAGAGCUGCUGGCACCUGGGACUCCAUCACACACUCCAGACUCGCUGGUGCUGGGAGAGCUGCUGGCACCUGGGACUCCAUCACACACUCCAGACUCCCCAGUGCUGGGAGAGCUGCUGGCACCUGAGACUCCGUCACACACUCCCGGCUCCCCAGUGCUGGCACCCCGGACUCUCCAUCGCACACACCCAGCUCCCUGGUGCUUCAGGAACCUGCAUCUGCCUGAGGAUGCUGGGACUGAUGAAUUGUGUUUCUGUGGUUCUGUUCCUGCCCUGAGAAGAGCAGGCCAAGACUUACUGAAGUUGUGAUUUUCAUUCUCAUUGGUUUUACGUGGGGAAAUUCUGACACUUCUGGGGAAAUGCCUUAGUCCUCAAGUGUUGCCUUUGGUUUACAGUUUACAAACUAAGAGGCUCAAACUGAAAUUUUUAGAAAUCCGUGUUAACUUCUUGUCUUAGUGGCAAAAUAGCUUUUUCUGAGAUUUUCUUUUUAUGAUGCAAAAUCCAUGUGGGAUUUAAAAAUCUUCCAAGUGCAAACAGCACAUCCCCCAUCCAUCAAUGUACCAAGAUGUUCCUAAAAUGUGAUAAGCACUAGAGCAUGGGUGUGGAUCACAGUUUGAAAUGCUCAAUGCCAUGCUUUAAAUUUCCUGGGUAAUCGCGCACAUUGUGCUAAACAGAAAUGUAACACAUGUUAAUGUAAACUUGAGGGAAGGAGUGAAACUGCUCUUAUAACAGGAUGAAGAAUCUAGUUUUACAUUUGUGUUCAAGUGAAGGUUAUAUUGAAGGAUUGAAGUGCAGAUAGAAGGAAACAAAUAGCACUUUAUUUUCACAAAGGCCUUAUUUUUAGGAUAAUUGGCUGCACUAAAUAUUGCUAUUGAGGAGGCAUUAGUGUUUUGUUAGAGUGGUAGUUAAAUUACCCCAAGGAAAACCUUUUAAAAGAAAUACUCUGAGGUUCAUUUGUUUGUGGGUUCUAGUUGAGUUCUAUUAUUUGUUUCUGUAUUCAAGUAUUAUUUCCUUAGAAUAUGCUUUACCUCAAGGACCAACAACAAAAUAAGAAAUUCUCUAUUAUAUUUUGGAACAAACUUUAAACCAGUCCAAAUCUCAGUGCCAUAAGUUGACUGUGGCACCCUCCUGCUCCCUGGUAGGAGUUUGGUAGGAUUUUUGGAUAACUGCCUAACCAGUUGUCUUGAUUGUGUCAGUGUUUGAACCAAAUAACCUUGAUGGAAUUUUCUAGUGCUGUAUUAUAGCAAAUUGUUAUUUUUUUAUGGGGAGAAGAAAGUAAAAUAUUUCAGGGUACUUCAGAAUUAUUUAGCACUGAUUCGUGGUACAGUAGCAGUCCUGGGCUACAGAUUCUGAUGCCCUCUGAGUAGAAAUAUCAGGCAGAUAAUUGCCACUUUUUAUCUGGUUAUGUCCCAGUUGCUGGAAUAACCUGGUGAGUUGUGAUGCAGCCAGGUUUGCAAGUGUCCUUACAAUGCAGGUGUACCAGGGUAUCAAAAAAUUCAGAAAUUCAAAUCCUUACUUUUUUUGGUCACCUGCUCAAGCAUUCGAUGUAUUAAGUCCCAAAAUGUGUUGCUGAAUUGCUGGUGCUCAGGAAGCUAAGCAAGGGCCUUAUUACCUGCAGUGCUGUGUCCUGAGAGAGCACUCCCAAAUUGUGAAGGACCACCAAGUGCAACUUCUGGGGAGCUUGAGGAUAGCCUGAAGUAACUAACCUGCUCUUCCUCUCCCUGGUGGAUUGGUGUGCCUUACUCACAGUUCUGUGCAUCAGAACAUGAAACAAACAUUGUCAGAAUCUAUGAAGCUUUAUACAAGUCUAUUUUUCUAAAUGGAAACACUCCCUAGGCAGAUGUUUGCCUACUUUUGUCUAUUUCUUUAACUGCUCUUGCAGUUAUAUUUUCAGGUAAUUAUGGCAUAGGUCACACCCACAAGCUGGGUUAUUUUUGUAUUCGAAGCCCUGUGCUUCUUUCUACAAAUACAAAUAGUGUAUUUAUAGGUAGUAUUGAUCAAAUGUUCUUUGCACAUGGUAUUUAAGACUAAGUCAGCUACAUUCUGGGUUGUUGGGGUUUUUUUGUAGCAGACCAUGAUAUGUACUAUUUUUGCAGGCUUGUGUUUCUUGGCAUUUAAAAUAAGAUUCAAGAUUCAGUUCUGCAAUCAAAGCCAUUGAAUCUUUUGCCCAAAGAAGAACUAGAUGGCCAGCCCAGAGUCCUGUGGCUGCCUGAACUCUUGACAUGAAAAUCCUUGAGUUGUUAAUUCUGGCAUCAUGAUCACUUCAGUCAGCUGUCUGUCUGUUUAUAUCACUGCAUCCCUGUCUCUGGAAAGGGAACUUUUCUCUGGACAGGGGUGUGAAUUUGUUUACUAUGGCCACAAUACAUGGAAAUCUGUAAUGGACUUGGUAAGGACUUGCUCACUAAAAUGUGGUAAGGUCAGGAGAAGAGAAUUGCAUUGGAAAAUACAUGACAAGAAGAGAUGGUAGAGAAUGUAAAUAGUUUAGAAAAUGAAAGUUGGGCUGAGGGGUGAGUGACAAUGAUGGUAAACUCUCAGUGAGGAUGCACUGCAAACAAGCCAAAGGACAUGGGGUAAAAUUGGAAAACUAUUGAAAGGAAGUGGGUUUGGAGUGUAGGGUAAAGAGAUUUAAGUGGGUUUUGUUUUGACAAUAUUUCCAAAGCAGUUGAGUCCAUCAGGGUAAAAAGUGAGGCAAGCCCUCAGUUCAUUAGCUAUGCAAGUAGAUCUUCAGUGUGAGUUUUUGCUCAGAAGGCAUGCUUUGAGUUGAUGAUGGAGAAAAUGCAUGUGUCUGCUUUCACCUUGAGCUUGGGUGAGCCUUGAGGUGAGGGGCAUCCUGCCAUGAGGCAAUGUGUGUGCACUUGGUGGCUCAGGUGUACAACUGAGAUAUUAAAUGUAUUCCCCUUAUCUGCUCUAAAGCAUGCAUUCAUGAAUAGCAUUGAUGAAAGGAGCUGACAGAAGUUGGGUUUCUGUUACAGCAUGCAUCUUAUUCCACAGAAACGUGACAGCAUUGGUGCCUGCUGCGUGCUGGGGCUGUUUUCAGGGCCUUAUCUCCAGGGAGGUGUACAGAGAGCUUGACCCAUAUGAGUAAUCCUGUGGCCCUUUUGCCUUCUUCCUCCUCUCCCAGCCCAUGGAUACACAGCAAGGUUAUGCUUACCUGUUUGCUAAGGCUGUAGCUGUUGAAAUGUACCGUGGAUUCAGUAGGGUUGCCUGUGUGUGUGUAAACAGAAACACAAACACAGAAAAAGGAGCAAGUUAUUUAGCACUAACACAGGCUCUUGGUUCUCUUACCUGCAACCUAAUUUUGCAAAGACUGUGCAAAUGAAGUUGGUUUUAUUCAACAUUGAUUGGGAAGAGGAGUCAGACCUGCAAGAGAAUAAGUUAAUUUACAGUAGCAAAAUUCAUACAUGUAAUUUCAUUUUGUGUUGAAAAAUGCUCUCUAUUUCUCAAAGGCAUUAUACUUUAUCUGACCAAAUAUCUUGCAAACAUUCCUCUUUUGAUUUCGAAUCUCUGUGGAGUAAUGUAAAUUUUAAGUAUCUUUUUGUAAUGGACAUUCCUGGUACAACUAUUUUUUGCUGGUUAAUCAUAAGACCAAAGAGGAAACUGAAGUGUUCAGCUGCUAUUGUUUUGGUUUUUUAAGUGUUUAUAGGCUCAAAGUGUCAGCCCAUUUUAAUGAAACGUUUAUAAAUUCAUUUCCUAUUUAAUUCCAAAGUACAUUUGCACUUUUAUUGUUUCCAUAAAAAGUUGGUGGUUUUGUUUGAAUAUUUCACUGUCAUAAUAAACAACUGUGUUAAAG